GGGAGAACCGCGAUUCACUCUACGGCAGACGACUAACAAGUCACCACGUGUUGGACGGCGGGUCAAUAUUACUCUAGUGAUAUGAAGUUAAAAGUAGUGAUAUAGAGUUACAAUUUCAAGGAUAAAAAUAACAAAAAUUGGAAAUUGGAUUGUUAAACACAACUUCAAGGAUGAUAUUUGGGAUGCUGUCAACAGUUAAAAUGGAUGUUAUCAGGAUUAAAUCAGAUUUUAACACAUUUGGAUAGUUUUUGGUACUAAAGCACUUGUCACAAGAAAUCUGAACGGAAAUAGGAAGCACCUCAUUUGGAGAAAAACGACUCAUUUGUAUAUUAAAAAGGAGAUAAUUCAGCCCGGAUCAUAAAGAUUACCACUUCGCAUUCAUAAUCUGGAACCUGAGGAACGAUAAUCAGGUAUCAUCUUAGACUCGGAUGUGUUACCUCCAUCAAGGAACUACGGAUUAAUAUUCAGCUUUCAUUAUUCGUUCAGUUCUACCAACAGGAGAAAUGGAAUGCCUCGACGUCAUGAGAUUUCUAAAAUAGCAAAUCUUUCAGCCAAAGGUUUCAUAUCGUGUGUUCAACACAAUACAAUAUGGCUCAAUUUCUGAUUGAAAUGAUUCGGCUUAAGUGCCGCGCAUAGCUAAGGAUAAGCUGCCUUUUCUGGUGGUUAAAAAAUAUCUUUGAAACGUGAGGGAUAAGAAUUAAAACGCGCCAAUAAGAACCAAAACGUGACAAACAAAAACCAACUACUUAGGAAAACGAAACGCUUGUUUCUAAGGCAAGUCGCAAUCGCAGGUUUAAUUUGACGCCAAUUAAUCCAAAAUAUUUAAAAUGGAUGAAAGCAUGGAUCUACUGAAUUUCACUUCUGUGAUGAACGAAUCACAUGGGAACGUUCCCUAUGGAAUUCUUCCUAGCGAUAACUUCACCGACGACAUUUUCGCUAACUUUACAAACGGGACGACGGCGCUACCAACCUUUGUGACAGAUUUACAGAAGUUCAGUGACUAUUACGGCGAACAUAUCCACGGUUAUUUAGCGGCCAUGGUGUCUGUAUUCGGUUUAGUAUCGAACAUACUUAACAUAAUAGUGCUGACUCGACGUCACAUGGUCUCCUCGACCAAUUAUCUAUUAAUAGCAUUAGCAGUGGCGGACAUGUUCAAGAUGGUGUCGUACUUGCCGUACUCGAUAUACUUGUAUAUCAUAAAGAAGCCAAAAGUGGAGCAAAUUCAUCCCAAGGGUUGGAUUAUUUUCAUUCUUAUACACAAUAGUUUCAUUAUAACGUGCCACACGAUCGCUAUGUGGCUAACAGUGUCGCUUGCUAUCUUCAGGUAUAUUGUAGUCUGCCAUCACACGCAAGGUCCACGCCUAUGCAACUUAUACAGAGCAAAAGUCACCAUAGUCGCCAUAUGUGCGGCUACGAUUUUAUUCUGCAUACCAAAUUAUAUAAUGAUGGACGUCGAAUAUUAUCCCGAAAUCGGAGGUUACUGGAUGACCUUCCGGGAGAUUCAAUACAAUUGGCUCCUCAAGGGUUUCAACUUCUGGGUAUACGGUGUCGUUUUUAAGAUCGCUCCGUGUAUUAUACUUUCACUGCUGAGUGCUCUGCUUAUCUGGGCGAUGUACAAGGCAAACGAGAAGCGCGAACGUCUAAAAUCGCAGGGGAAGCGUGCCGAGUCGGAACGAACACACGAACACAACCGCACCACGGCCAUGUUGGUUGCUGUCGUUUUGUGCUUCGUUAUAACCGAGUUACCGCAGGGGAUGCUGAUGUUGCUCAGUGGAAUAUACGGUGAUGAAUUCUUUUACAACAUUUACUCUCCGCUGGGCGAUUUAAUGGACGUCUUCGUUUUGAUAAACAGUGCUGUGAAUUUUAUACUCUAUUGUAUAAUGAGUCGACAAUUCCGCGACACGUUUCAAGCUGUCUUCUUAAAACCGUGUGUCAAAAAGGUCCAGAACAGUAAACAAAAUGGGCUCCAUUAUAGUACUAUAAAUACACAGUCAACGCGGGUAUAAUAGUCGAUACGUGGAUUGUGCGUGAUCUGUGACAGGUUACGCCACCUUUUUGGACAAUGUGUCAUGAUACUUGUGACAUGGUUGCUAGGGGAUGUGACAUGACACGAGUGUGAUAGUUUCUUUGAUAAUACACAAAACGCUGGACUCAUGCUUACAACUUGUGAUAUAAACAUAUUACGUUAAUGUUGUGCAGGAAACAUGGAAACAAUUUCAAACGACUUACAAAAUGGCUGUCUGAAGUUACCAAAAAAUAUUGUCGCUUUGCAGAAGUUACUGUAAAGUGGGUUGAAAUUGUCUCCACUCGCAAAAUCUUAUUUUGGCGAAACUAUUAAAAGUUUAGCCCACUGAGAUAUCUUUUAACAUCAUUUUGUACAAUGAUUCAGAUGAAUGAGAAGGGUUUCCAUGUAUGGUUCAAGCUUUAGGUCGAAAAAUGUAUGACACAAUUACACACCACUCUUGGCCAUUGUCAGCCCAUCUUACCGUACCAGUUCACCAGAUCAAGAAAAAAACUAUACAAGAUCAUCUGAAAAAACAACUUUUGAAUUUUUUUAGCUAAAAUCUGUUGUUAUUUUUUAACUAAAAAUUGACAACUUCAGGCUGCUAUUUUUGAUACACCUAUAGUAGUAUCUACGGAUUGUUCUUACUGAAGUCUGGAUGACUUAUGGAUGUGAUAUUGUAAAUACAUGUAUGACUGACUGAGAUAUAUAUCUAUUGUGUUUGUAUUGAUAUACGAUAAAGUGACGAAAAAUAUUCACAUUUUAUAAACGCGGAAUAAUGACAACGACGAAAGUGGGCACAAAGCGGGAUUAGCCCUCUUGGAUUGCAGAGGAGUAUAUCACGGAACUUAUCUUUUCGGAAACGGUGAUAUUGUACGUGAUUCUGGAUGUAGCCGUAUGUGGGGUGCUGUAUCAGGUGAGCAGAGGGAUAAAUCAUGAGAUGAAAGGUUGCUGAUACUUAUUAGUAUUGUUUGGGUCACUAUCAAUCCUCAAAGGAAAAUGUCUUAUAUUACAGAAGUUGCACUACAGAUUCCCACUCCGGCUUCAUCCUUAAGGUUGAGUUGCAGUUAUCUUGAGAUGAAUGCGUUUUAAUUUAAUUGUCAAAGCACCAUCUGCAUCUUUACAAUGGUAUCCAAAUGAUGCACUAUCUCUUCAUAAGUAAACACCACCAAAUUUAGAAAUAAUCAGACUUAUGUUUUCGUGGUCAUACAGCUGCCAAAAAAUAUAACAAGAUGCCCAAGGGCCUAGCGCUCAGCUGAAAUACAUGGGUCAAUGUACACAACAUGGAAAGUACCUGGUAGGUCUCUUUCAACCACGAUUUUGUUUAACAUAUUGAGCGAUACUGUACCCACAUGUUGCAGUAGAGUAAGUACAUCUAUAAUUAUCCCACAUGUUGCAGUAGAGUAAGUACAUCUAUAAUUAUCGAAUGAUCUGACAUUCUGAGCAAACAUGUUUCAAAACUACAUUUUCCUUUCUCAAUUGAUAGUGAUCUCAUGUGAACCAGGAUAUUCUUUUGUUCAAAGUGUUAUUAAUUUCAAUAGGGACUACCCAACUACUGAACUACCAGACGACAAAACUAUAGUCUGCAGGAACUUAAUGUGAUCAUUGGGCAUGUUUGGUCAGAAAAUAUACUUUGUUUUUUAAAAUCUUUGAACGAUUGUUGCAAAUCAACCUCAUAUUAAUGUCCUUAGGUGAUGUCAUGCCAAUUAUUAUUACUUUAGAGAUGAAUUAAAGAGGCCUU